AUGCCACAGUUAAGAUUAACUGAGGCCACCUUGUGCCCCGGGACUCGCUGGUCGCAUUUAUCCCCCCAAGCUGCGACCGAGGCUCUGGCCGCGGCUGCAGCGCGCGGUGGUGGCAGCAGGUGGCGCUGUCCCCCGCCGCUGCCGCCGCGGCUCCGCCGGGAGCAGCGAGCCCGAUCCCGGGAGGAGCCGGGAGCAGCGAGCCCGAUCCCGGGAGGAGCCGGGAGCAGCGGGCCCGAUCCCGGGAGGAGCCGGGAGCAGCGGGCCCGAUCCCGGGAGGAGCCGGGAGCAGCGGGCCCGAUCCCGGGAGGAGCCGGGAGCAGCGGGCCCGAUCCCGGGAGGAGCCGGGAGCAGCGGGCCCGAUCCCGGGAGGAGCCGGGAGCAGCGGGCCCGAUCCCGGGAGGAGCCGGGAGCAGCGGGCCCGAUCCCGGGAGGAGCCGGGAGCAGCGGGCCCGAUCCCGGGAGGAGCCGGGAGCAGCGGGCCCGAUCCCGGGAGGAGCCGGGAGCAGCGGGCCCGAUCCCGGGAGGAGCCGGGAGCAGCGGGCCCGAUCCCGGGAGGAGCCGGGAGCAGCGGGCCCGAUCCCGGGAGGAGCCGGGAGCAGCGGGCCCGAUCCCGGGAGGAGCCGGGAGCAGCGGGCCCGAUCCCGGGAGGAGCCGGGAGCAGCGGGCCCGAUCCCGGGAGGAGCCGGGAGCAGCGGGCCCGAUCCCGGGAGGAGCCGGGAGCAGCGGGCCCGAUCCCGGGAGGAGCCGGGAGCAGCGGGCCCGAUCCCGGGAGGAGCCGGGAGCAGCGGGCCCGAUCCCGGGAGGAGCCGGGAGCAGCGGGCCCGAUCCCGGGAGGAGCCGGGAGCAGCGGGCCCGAUCCCGGGAGGAGCCGGGAGCAGCGGGCCCGAUCCCGGGAGGAGCCGGGAGCAGCGGGCCCGAUCCCGGGAGGAGCCGGGAGCAGCGGGCCCGAUCCCGGGAGGAGCCGGGAGCAGCGGGCCCGAUCCCGGGAGGAGCCGGGAGCAGCGGGCCCGAUCCCGGGAGGAGCCGGGAGCAGCGGGCCCGAUCCCGGGAGGAGCCGGGAGCAGCGGGCCCGAUCCCGGGAGGAGCCGGGAGCAGCGGGCCCGAUCCCGGGAGGAGCCGGGAGCAGCGGGCCCGAUCGCGGGGGUGGGGCGGUUCCGUGUUCAGCCUUGAACCCAGAUUUUCAGCUGAGGCCAUAGAACCCUGAGUGAGAACCUGCUCAAACACCAGCGCUGGUGACAGUGGGUUUUCUAUUGAGAGUGACAUUUAACAAUUAAUAUAAAGGAAUUAAACAAUGUGUUGCUUGUGGUCUUGCUUUGUAUCUUUAAUAUAUCUCCUUUUUUGUGAACUCCUUUAGGACCCGAGCGCCAGCAGAGGCCACCUGGACCGACGGCUGCCCUGGAGGGAGGGACACCCUUAGGCUGGGGACAGGUGUGACCUUGCAAAUCUAGGAGAGUGCCCGGAGGUACUGCAGCCCCUGUUGUGAGACACGGAUAUCAAUACAAACCUAAGAGCUAUUGCACAUGGAGCCACUGAUGAUGCUUGAUUAACUCGCAGUGAUUUUUUUUCUCCAUCUUCCUCCACAUAACGCUUUGGAGUGGCAUGAAGUUACACUACACCAGGCACAGUCUCUGAGCUCUCCCCUGAUGGCCCAAGUAAAGGCGAGACAGGGAUCCUGGAGCCUUGUCUGAAUUGGCCAGGCUCCAGAUGAAAGCAAUCUCCUCCUAAGCUUCUGUUUUCACACUUCUGAAGGUUUUAGAGGAAAGUGGUGUCCAAACAAUCGGUUAAGCCCUUCUCAUUAUUCUGAAUGCAACCACCUGAAAAUUUUCACUUGGCAUCCUUGAGUUCAGACCUGUUUCACCCAUGGUAUGUGACUGGAAAGAGCGCAGCUGGCCUGCAGUGGCUAAUCCUUUUAAUUCUACUUGGGGGAAUCUGACUGGACAAAAUAAAGGAGUAAGUCAUCCGAGAAGACCUGUUUCAGGGUGGCAGCUCUGCUGGGGUUCAGCACAUGGUUGCCACAUUUCCUGGAGUUCCCUUUGGUGCCUCCACUGACAUUACUGCUUGUCAUUUCUGCAAAAUCACAUCACCAAUUUUGAUGCUUGAGUAAGUAUUUAGGAGCUUAAUUACAGACACUUAUUUCUGCAAAAUGCAUCCCAGCAUUCUGGCCUGUCCCCCACAGUGUUUCCAGUGGUCUAAGUGACCAUUAGUGACUGGCUCUAGCAUCUUUGAAGAAAGGACUGUCCUUUGGAUGAGGAAAUCUUGAGCCUAAGGAUGUACUUGAAGCUGUCUGAUUUGGGCUUUGUUUUUAAGGCUGCUUUGAAUGAUGAGGCUUGGAAGAGCAGAGUAAGGCUCCAAAGGUCCUCCUAUCCUCCUGCCCUGCCAUCUCUAGUUAAGUUCAACUGCUAAGUGGUAUUUAUAAGUUGCUUUCUCUCUUUAAAUGUCAUGCCCUGCGUGGUAAGCUCCUGGAUGCUGUCUCACCCCUGGCCAGGGCACUGACUGCACAGGGUGCUGAACGGCAAUGAAGGUGGCAGACCUGCAUGUCUGGCUGGUCCUUUGCAGUCCCUACCCUGAGCCCACCACACACCCACAUAUGAGAAGCUUCUUCUGCAUCCAGACCAGCUAUAGCUGUGCCUCCAUCCACACUGCACAGCUGCAGACUGAGCCUUGUUUCCAGACAGGUGGGUGGGUGAAAUGCUGUUAGAUCAAUAGGUGCUGCCUCCACAGCUCAUCCCGCAUCCCAUGGGAGUAGCUAGUGCUGUGUCUGUCUCAGUGCACUGGCUGCAGAACAGCAAGCAUGAAGGACAACCUGCACUUUUCCUUGCCCCAGCUUCCACCUUGGCAUAAAGAUGUCUGGUGGCUGCUGCCUGCCCAUGGAAAGCC